GUUCUCAAAGCACAAGAAACAGUAUCGAGGCCCAUUCUAAGGUUUCGACUUCGAGAUCACCUUCCCCUUCCUGGCUCCACGCGCAGAAAAGCGAGUUCUCAGCUGGUGCAGGGGGAAAUUUCGCUCCAAUGGCUCAGAUUCCGAACCUAGACAAUGCUUCUCUCAAUCUCACGUCCCUCAGGGAACAGUCCCAGAAGGAACUCAUAAAUAUCCUCAAGAAUAUUCGAGGGAAAAAGUGCUUGAUAAUCGAUCCAAAGCUUGGAGGCUCUCUCUCAUCGAUCAUCCAGACGUCACUUCUGAAGGAACAUGGGGUAGAAUUGCGGCAUCUUUCAGCGGAGCCAAUUCAAUCUGACUGCACCAAAGUGGUUUUCCUUGUCCGUUCUAAGAUUGAUUUGAUGAAAUUCAUAUGUUCAAAUGUUCAUAAUGAUAUAUCAAAAGGGCUCCAAAGGGAAUACCAUGUUUAUUUUGUCCCUCGCCGUGCAGUUGUAUGUGAGAAGGUCCUUGAGGAUGAAAAGGUUCAUCAGUUGAUGACUAUAGGGGAGUACCCACUGUACGUAGUUCCACUUGACGAGGAUGUCUUAUCAUUUGAACUCGAUCUUGCGUACAAAGAAAGCCAAGUUGAUGGCGAUACAAGCUCGCUUUGGCACAUCGCAAAAGCCAUUCACAAGCUUGAGUUUUCUUUCGGAGUGAUACCAAAUGUGAGGGCCAAAGGCAAAGCAUCAGUGCGUGUGGCAGACAUCCUAAACCACAUGCAAGCUGAGGAACCGGUUAACUCACCUGAUAUGGUUGUGCCAGAGAUAAAUACACUCAUCCUUUUAGAUAGAGAGGUGGAUAUGGUCACUCCUAUGUGUUCUCAAUUGACAUACGAGGGGCUGAUUGACGAGUUUCUGCAUAUCAAUAAUGGAUCCGUGGAGCUUGAUGCAUCGAUCAUGGGUGUCCAACAAGAGGGAAAAAAGAUAAAAGUACCACUCAAUUCAAGUGACAAGCUGUUUAAGGAGAUAAGGGAUCUCAACUUCGAAGUUGUUGUCCAGAUUCUACGUCAGAAAGCAACAUCCAUGAAACAGGAUUACACAGAGAUGACAACAACUACGCAGACGGUUUCUGAAUUAAAGGACUUUGUCAAAAAGCUGAACUCAUUGCCAGAAAUUACUAGACACAUAAAUCUUGCUCAGCAUCUGUCGACAUUCACAUCAAAGCCAUCAUUUCUUGGGCAACUUGACAUGGAACACACAAUUGUUGAGGCACAGAGCUAUGACAUAUGCUAUGAGUAUAUUGAAGAAAUGAUCCAUAAGCAGGAGCCUCUUGUCAAUGUUCUACGUCUUCUCAUCUUAUUUUCCGUUACAAACUCUGGGUUGCCUAAGAAGCAUUUUGACUACUUGAGGAGAGAAUUACUCCACAGCUAUGGAUUUGAGCACAUGGCCACGCUGAAUAACUUAGAGAAAGCUGGAUUGCUGAAAAAACAGGAGACAAAAAGCAACUGGCUGACAAUCAAACGCGCUCUGCAACUUGUGGUUGAUGACACUGACACAGCAAAUCCCAAUGAUAUUGCCUAUGUAUUUUCUGGAUAUGCACCUCUUAGUAUUCGUCUCAUUCAGCAUGCCGUUCGAUCUGGAUGGCGUCCUAUAGAAGAAAUUCUGAAGCUACUACCAGGACCACAUUCUGAAACGAAAAGAGGCAGAUUCUCAAGCAGUCCAUCAUUUGACACGCUUCAGGGAGCUUCAGCCAAUAUAGACAGAGCUGCUGAUGGUAGGCGCUCCCUAGUUCUUGUAGUCUUCAUCGGAGGUGUAACAUUUGCGGAGAUAUCUGCCCUCAGAUUUCUCACUGCUCAGGAGGGGAUGGCAUACGAUAUGAUCAUUGGGACGACCAAAAUUGUCAGUGGCCAUAACUUAGCUGAAACAUUUGUGGAGAAAUUGGGUUGAGGCGUAGAAUUUUGUUUGUUUAUUUGUUCUUUUUGUGAAGUCUUGGGCUAUGAGAGUAGAUUUUAGGCCCAUGUCGAGAGUUUGUUGUACUGAUGAUGUAUUUAUUAGCUUAUGCGAUUAAUUUUUACCGUCUUUCCCUACCUAUUAAUCCUAGAUGGAGUCUUAGAGCUUGCAACAAUUGCGCAAUCAUUUUGUAAAAAAGUUUGUAAAAGAGCAGAAUCUAUUAUUAAAAAAAUUAAUUUUUGAUUA